GUUGUUAGUGUGCUUGAAGAACAGAAAAUUUUGGAUGAUUUUUCACAUCCGUAACUUUUUUUUCACGAGAACCCAACACCGGAAUUGCAUGGAUUUACAAAAGUGAACAAAUAAAUAAAUAAAUAUAUAUGUAUAUAUAUGUAUAUAUAUAUAUAUAUAUUCAUUUAAUCGGUGAUUUAUGAAGAAUGGAUUCGUUACCGAGUCUGGAAACCGUCCAUCAGGCUGUUUACUCGUUGUACAAUAAUCCAGUCCCUGCCGAGAAAGAAAAAGCGUCCCAAUGGCUCGAAGAACUUCAAAAAUCAGUUUAUGCAUGGAAAGUGGCGGACGAAAUGUUACAACAAAAGAGAGAUUUGGGGUCGUGUUACUUUGCGGCUCAAACAAUGAGAACAAAAAUUCAAAUGUCUUUUCACGAACUGCCGACGGAAGCCCACAUAUCGUUGCGUGACUCUUUGCUGGAAUACAUAUCCCAGAUUGAUGAACAUACGAACAGCGUGAUAGUGACACAGUUAUGCGUGGCUUUGGCAGACUUUACACUACAAAUGCCUUCAUGGCAAAAACCUGUAGUCGAUCUCAUCAACAGAUUUGGCGGGUCAAUGACGAGCCUUCGACCAUUGCUCGAAAUAAUGACCGUCCUGCCGGAAGAAAUAAAUUCUAGAUUAUUAAGGCUAGGUGCUAACAGAAGACAGCACGUACUUUUAGAACUGAGUAGCGUUUCGGAUACGGUGACUGAAUUCUUGAAAAUGUGUCUGAAGAACGGCGGUGAUAAUCCUCAAAUUCACACGAGGAUAUUACGUUGCUUCACUAGCUGGGUGACCGUGCACGCGAUCUCAUUGAAUGCCGUGCCAAACAGUGACGUGGUGGCUUACGCUUUUCAGGUAUUAGGAAAUCACGCGGCCGGGCACCAAUUGCACGGGGCAGCUGCGGACUGCGUUUGCGUAAUUCUGCAAGUAUUAGAGGAGGACAACAAUUUAAAUAAUACGGAAAAUAAUAGUGAAUCCAUCGUCCAACUGCAACAACUGCAAUUAUGCCUUUUCACGAGCGUAAUGGCUCUAGAACAGCCGUACCAUUUAUCGGUUGCCCACGAAGAUACGGAAAAGUCGUUGAAUUACUGUCGAAUUUUUACCGAAUUGGCGGAAACUUUCCUCGUUACGAUAGUGAACGGAUGUGCCGGUGGAAGACAGCAUUACGCCAUCAAAGUACUAGAUCUUGUUCUCACCUGUGUUGGACAUCACGAUUACGACGUUGCUCAAGUCACUUUUAAUUUGUGGUUCCGCUUGUCCGAAGUCCUUUAUGAGAAAAAUUGCAAAGAUUUGACAGCUACAUUCAAACCCCACAUCGAGAGGCUCAUAGGAUCGCUUUGCAAACAUUGUCAGAUGGAACCGGAUCACCUUGGUCUGGUCGAAGAAGGCAGCGGUGGCGAAGAAUUCGCUGAUUUUCGUGCGCGAGUUUCCGAGCUCAUCAAAGACGUGGUUUUUGUCGUUGGAAGUAGACACUGCUUCCGACAAAUGUUCAACGCUUUGACCGGGGCUGCCGGUCCUCAAGGUCAACCUGGUCAGGCACCAACUUGGGAUUCUUCCGAAGCUGCUCUCUUCAUAAUGCAGGCGGUGGCAAAGAAUAUUUUACCGGCUGAAAAUGAGGUUGUGCCAAAGGUUGUCGAAGCUAUUCUAAAUAUUCCGGAAAAUACUCACAUUGCAGUUAGGCAUACAAGUAUAUUAUUACUCGGUGAACUUUGCGAAUGGAUCGAGAGUCAUCCUCGAUCGUUAGAACCUGUGCUGAAUUUUUUGCUGGCUUGUCUGAGCCAGAGAGGACUUGGAAAUGCAGCGUCAGGAGCUCUCCAAAACGUGUGCGCGGCUUGCCCAUUGCACAUAGCUUCACAUUUUCCGGGAUUAUUGCAAAUUGCCCGAAAUCUCGACAGUUUCGCAAUAAGUAAUGACGCUGCGAUUGGAUUGCUCAAGGGAAUAUCUCUUAUUCUCGCUCGGAUGCCACGCAACGAAAUAGCACCAGCGAUGACGGAGCUCUGCUGGUUUCAGGCACGACCGUUGUGCGCGUUGAUGGAAAAUCCUAGCCGUCCCGUUGACAAAGGAUCCAAAACUGAUCCCGUUAUAUGGCUCGACAGACUCGCCGCUAUAUUCAGGCAUACGAAUAUUCCCAUGGACGGUGCAUGCGAGCCACAUCCUUGCCAAAUCGUUCUCACAGAAAUGUGGCCCGUACUGUCAAACGUGUGUGACUUGUAUCAGGAAGAUCCUCGACUUAUGGAGAGAUGUUGCAGGUGUUUGAGGUUCGCGGUCCGAUGCACCGGUAGACAAUCGGCGCAUAUCCUCGAGUCCCUCGUCAAACAAAUUGUUCAACUAUACGCAAGACACUAUCACAGCUGUUUUCUCUAUCUUGGAUCGAUUUUGGUCGACGAGUAUGCGAGUGACCCCGAUUGCGAAGCCGGCCUACUUGGAAUGCUGGAAGCUUUUAUUCCACCGACCUUUACCGUUUUACAGCAAGAAGGUGGUCUCAGGAAUCAUCCCGAUACCGUUGACGAUUUGUUUCGUCUGUGUGCAAGGUUUCUCCAAAGAGCACCAGUCGCAUUUCUGCACUCAGCAGCGCUUGGAAGCAUCGUCGAUUGUGCACUAAUGGCAUCGAGUUUGGAUCACAGGGAUGCAAAUUCUUCGGUGAUGAAAUUUUUCUUCGAUCUCAUCCAUAGUGGACGAAUGCAUGAGAGUCGACCGGAUUUCGAGACGAGGAAAGAAUUGGUGCAAGCUAUUAUAAAAGAGAAAGGUCAAACUUUGGUAACGAGUCUUUUACACGCUUCCGUGUACUCGUUGUCCUCGUACAUGCUCGGCGAAGUAGCUGACGUCAUUUAUGAAUUGGCAAUAUUAGACAGAAGGUCAAUCUCUCAGUGGCUGGAAGAAGCGAUAAAAUCGAUGCCGACUCAAAAUGCAGGUGGAUCACCAACAGCGACGCCAGAUCAGCUGCACGAAUUUCAUCAAACGGUCACGGGGAGUGACUCGGGAAAAGCAGUGGGACACGCCUUACGAAACUUUGCAAGGUUAUAUCGUUGACGCAACAACGUCCAUUCGCAAUGAACGUUGUUGUAGAAAAAAAUGAUCCUCUUGAGACGUAACUAUCAACAAAACGUAUAAUGGGGUAGGGAAAACUCCGUUAAUGCUGUUACGACGAGUAAAAAAAUCAAGCAACAGACGACUGGAAGAAAAGUUGGUACAAUCCGCGAAAUUAACUACUUUCCUCAUGGUCUGGAAGAGAAAAAAAAAUCGAAGCUGUUUGGGGAAAGGCGCGCGCGCGUGUAAUGUAUGGUAGAUGUGUUACGUAUGCGUUACCUGAUUCGUUAAAACUAUAAUUAUUGAUAUUUUUACGCCGCUAUGUCGCCCUCUGUUGUCUCCAUUCGCAAGGGUAGAAGGAAUUUAACAUCUUGAUGAAUUCUUAAAAUGCAACGAGCUUGAUUGAAAGAUAAAAAUGCUUGUGAACUGCUCUUUCGACACUGAAGAAAUAUUACUUAUCUCGUAUAUAGAUGAACCCGACGCAUAUUAUUAUAGUGGCUCGUCAACGAGUUCUGAUCGUUCACGAUCGAGAAUUUGUUUUUUUUCUCCUUCUCUCUUUUCAACGUGACCUUUUUUAACAACUGACUCAUUACCAAUAACUGGUAGUUAUUUUCGUCUAUGUCAGAUAUAUACCUAAUUUACAUUUAGGUAAUAAUCUAGUCCCAAACGAAAAAGAGCAGUUCAUAUUGCAUCCGAACAAUUUGAUAUCCGUUUGGAGAGACUUUGACCGUUUUUUUAAAAGAAUUUUAACUUUCUUCAUCGAUAUCGUCAGUUUUGAAUCUCCAUUUUUUUCGAACAAGCCUUUUCAGAACAAUUAUCUUGCGAAUCGAGAAUGGAACGCGGACCGAGGGGAAACUCGUUCGGCUCGAUUCUGAUCAGUUUGUUGGCCCAUUUGAUUUUUUCUCUUCCUUUUUCCGAACUUCCACUAAUGAGGAUACUUUAUACACGUUUUUUAUAAGAAAAAAAUAAUAAUAACUGAAAAUCAUUUUUGAACCUUUUUUUCAUCAUUCGCUUUUCGAUACAAUUAUAUUUUCAACCUAACGACCAAGUAGGAACAUUUUUUGCUCAUUUCUCGCGAAUCAACAUCUUCCCACUUUAUUUAUUGUGACGAAAUCGCUGCCCCGGCCAACCAAACAGUGUUCGUUGAGCCGAGACUUGGUGUUAUAUCGGACGGAAAGCGAGACUUAUGAAAAACGUCGUAAUUUACAAUUUGGAAACGUUGGGGAAAAAAAUCCGUGAUAACAGAGCUUAAAGGGGUGCAAGAAAAAGCUGAAUCGAAGCGACGACGACGAGGAAGACAACAACGAGGAGGAAUCUCCCAUCAAAAAAAAUCGUCAAUGAAGAAAGAAGGAGGGCGUUGAGGACGAAAAAAAGAACAAAAGCGUGCACGGUGAUAACGAAGAGAGAGACUGUGUCGAUGUAUAAUAUAAAUAUAGGGGAAUACGAGAGACAUUGUGUGUACAUGUGUAUUUAAAAAAAGGAACGUGAAGAAAAAAUAGAGCGAAUCAGGGAAAUGUUUGAAAAUUAUUUGUACGUGAGAACAUUGCAUUUUAUGCAUGAUACAUUACAUUUUUUUUUUUUUUUUUACUUUAAUUCAUUGUGAAAAUGCGAUGUACCGUAGACACUACAGUUUUAUGACCUUCUCUCCAUACGACGGGAAAGCAAGAAUGGAGGAAGAAAGCCCUACCAUAUGAUAGGAAAUUUUAUCGUGUAGGACUCGAAAUUGGAGACACUGGGAGAGUUGAAAAAAAUUGAUAAAGGCGAUGAAUAAAUAUACAGCUGUACAAUUUCUA